GGAAACCGGGGCCGCCACUUUCAGGCCGCUCGGCGUUGGCAGCCCAAGAGAGAGGAGGAGGAGGAGGCGGCGGCGGUGGUGUGGGGAAGGAAGGAAAGGCGAAGCAGCCAGGAUGUGCGGAAUCUUUGCUUACCUGAACUACCAUGUACCGAGGACAAGAAGGGAGAUCCUUGAAACUCUCAUUAAGGGACUUCAGCGUCUCGAGUACAGAGGAUACGACUCUGCUGGCGUUGGAAUCGAUGGAGGAAAUGACAAGAACUGGGAAAAUAAUGCACAUCAGAUCCAUCUGAUCAAGAAGAGUGGCAAGGUCAAAGCAUUGGAAGAUGAAAUUGAAAAGCAAGAUUCCAUAGAUUUUGACAUUGAUUUUGAAGUGCAUCUUGGCAUCGCGCACACACGUUGGGCGACUCAUGGUGUCCCAAGUUCAGUCAACAGUCAUCCACAGCGGUCUGACAAGAACAAUGAGUUCGUUGUUAUUCACAAUGGCAUCAUUACAAACUACAAAGACCUGAGGAAAUUCCUGGAAAGCAAAGGUUAUGAGUUUGAGUCCGACACUGACACUGAAUCAAUUGCAAAGCUGGUCAAGUACAUGUACGACAACCGCGAGAGUGAUGACAUCAGCUUUGCCACCCUAGUGGAGAGAGUCAUUCAGCAACUGGAAGGUGCUUUUGCUCUGGUGUUGAAGAGUGUCCAUUACCCAGGUGAAGCUGUUUGUACUAGGCGUGGGGGCCCCCUGCUGAUAGGUGUGAGAAGUGAGCACAGACUAUCCACUGACCACAUCCCUGUACUGUAUCGCUCAGCUGAUUUUAAGAUGGAUGACAAAUCAACGGAAUCAGAAAGCAAAGGCUUAGGCAAGGAUAAGAAGGGAAACUGCAGCCUUCCUCGCACUGACAGCACCACCUGUUUGUUUCCGGUGGAAGAGAAAGCCGUUGAGUACUACUUUGCAUCAGAUGCCAGCGCCGUUAUUGAGCACACCAACCGAGUGAUCUUUCUGGAGGAUGAUGACGUGGCAGCAGUGGUAGACGGACAUCUCUCCAUCCACAGGAUCAAACGCAGAGCAGGGGAUCAUCCAGCCCGGGCCAUCCAGACUCUGCAGCUGGAGCUGCAGCAAAUCAUGAAAGGCAACUUCAGUUCCUUUAUGCAGAAGGAAAUCUUUGAGCAGCCCGAGUCUGUGCUGAACACAAUGAGAGGAAGAGUCAACUUUGACGACUACACAGUGAUCCUCGGUGGCUUACAGGAUCAUAUCAAGGAGAUUUUGAGAUGCAGACGUUUGAUCCUCAUCGCCUGUGGGACAAGUUUUCAUGCUGGUGUUGCUACUCGACAGGUUCUUGAAGAACUUACAGAACUGCCCGUCAUGGUUGAACUUGCUAGUGACUUUUUGGACCGAAACACCCCUGUCUUUAGAGAUGAUGUCUGUUUCUUCCUCAGCCAAUCAGGGGAAACAGCCGACACUCUGAUGGCGCUAAGGUACUGCAAGGAGCGGGGGGCCCUGACUGUGGGCAUUACUAACACAGUCGGUAGCUCCAUCUCUCGUGAGACAGACUGUGGUGUCCACAUCAAUGCUGGGCCUGAAAUUGGAGUUGCCAGCACAAAGGCUUACACCAGCCAGUUUGUUUCUCUGGUGAUGUUUGCACUCCUGAUGUGUGAAGAUAGAAUUUCCAUGCAGGAGAGGAGAAAGGAGAUUAUACGAGGUUUGAAGGCAUUACCAGACCUCAUCAAAGAGAUCUUAACUUUGGACGAGGAGAUCCAGAAUUUGGCAAGAGAACUAUACCAACAGAAAUCGGUUCUCAUCAUGGGCCGUGGUUAUCACUAUGCCACCUGCCUGGAGGGGGCACUGAAAAUCAAAGAAAUUACAUACAUGCAUUCUGAGGGUAUCCUGGCUGGUGAGCUGAAGCACGGACCCCUGGCACUGGUGGACAAGCUGAUGCCAGUCAUCAUGGUGAUCAUGAGGGACCACACAUACACCAAGUGUCAAAAUGCUCUACAGCAAGUGGUCGCACGGCAGGGUCGUCCAGUGGUGAUUUGUGACAGGGAUGAUUAUGAGACCAUAAAGAGCGUUAACCGGGUAAUUAAAGUGCCUCACAGUGUAGACUGCCUGCAGGGGAUCCUCAGUGUCAUCCCACUCCAGCUUCUGUCCUUCCACCUUGCUGUCCUACGAGGAUUUGAUGUUGACUGCCCCCGAAACCUGGCCAAAUCAGUGACCGUGGAGUGAGGGAUGCUCCAGAAUCCACAAGAAAGACAGAGGGCCAAUGCUUAUUUUGUAACCUGAACAUUCUUAACUUUUUUUAUAUUUUAGAAAGUGUGUAAACCCACUGGAAUAAUCUUCCUAUUUUACUGUUUAGUGUAGUGCAACUAAUGUGGGGCAGAUCUACACAUGUAGAGCUGUGUUUCUGAAUCUUUAGAAAAGGACAAGAUCGCUGCGCAGUGGGCUGUUAUCUUUUCUUUGUUCAGUUUUAUCUAUGUUCACUGUUUCUUUAGUUCUGAUUGCGGCUGAAAUCAGGGUUUCAGUUCUUUAUCCCCAUUUCCUUUACCAAACUGUUAAUAGUCAGCAUACAGUGGGAGGAGGUCCUGUGGGUGCAGUGCACUGAACUCUGAUCUCUCCAUAAGUGAUGCAAGUGAUUUUUCUUUGGACCAAUAAAUGACUGAUCAAGUCGAUGAAGGGGAACACUGCAAUUGAGAGUGGGGCGGAAGGGGGUUCUGCUUACAUGACAGGAUAUGUUUGGAUGGUAUCUGUACUUGUACUUGUUCAGAGACAGAACAAGACCGAGCCAGAAACCAGCUAUGGGAAAUCAUGUUUUGAGAAUCACGCCACAUGGGCUAGAGCUAGAGAAGCAGACCACUCGCCUCACCCAAAGGUUAUUUUCUUAUUGUCUCUGCUUUCUAAUGUCGGAAAGCUCUGAUUUGUUUUGUCCUGUCCUGCUAUCAGUCAUGCUGCACUCCUGUGAUCUAUGCUGCAAUAUGUCUCACAAGUUCACGCAAAAGGAGAAAUGUUCUAAACUUCAAAUCAUUCAUUUCACUUGGUAAUACGAUGUGGAGGGUCCUUGGUUAUUGCCAGUCACUGUUGGUAGCUUGCUUUGCACAGUAAUUCUCUCUAUAAAUAGUAAAUAUACCAUAAUAUAAAAUGCCUCCUGAAAUAGUGGAAGUCAAAGGUGUGCUGAGUGUUGUGUGGUUAACCCAACUCUGUCUUGCUGGGAAAGGCAAUAGCAGUCUGUGGAGAAUGAAGGUAGCUCAUUAAACUUCCACUUUCUCUUCCCAUUGCCCCAGCCCGCCCUACCCCAAUAAACCAUUAGUUCCAAAACAGGGAAAGAAACACAAAACUGCUUAAAACUGACAAAUGAUAGUUUGACCGCGAGCUGAAACCCUGUUGUGUGAAUGAAUCUUUAUUUAUGACAGCUUAAUACUUUAUACUGUGAUUUUUAAUCUACUGGGUCUUUGCAUGAAGUUGAAGCUUUGGAAAUGUGAAUCAGUUAAAAAAAAAAAUCAGAAUGCUAGAAAUUAGUUGAAGGCAAACUUUUUCAAUCGUUUACAAACGAAAUUUAAUUCAUAUGAAGAUAAUCUUUGUUAGCUCCUGGAGUGAGGGACACAAAUGUAAACACAACGAGUCGGUUUUACUCCUGGGUAGGCAUGUCACUCUCUGACAAUGGCAGCAUAAAAAUGGUUGAAUACGGUGCAUGCUGAAGUAGAAUUUCAACCUGUCCAACGUAGAGUAAUUGAAUACACUGAGAUCUCCAAGAAGGCAAUGAUCCCAGCCCCCAUUCCAAUUAGUUUGUAAGGUAAAACUCAAAUCUGGAAAAUUUGAAGGAAAGCAUGCAUGCAAUAAUGAAGGCUGUUCCUAUAUGUAAAUAUUCAAAGGCACUGUGGCGAACUAACCUGACUCUUUUUAGCUGCUGAGUUCUUAAUCAGUUUUGGACCUGCUAUUGUUAGCUAUACGGCAUACUUGUGCAAUGAGAGCUGUGAAAUUGGUCUGGAAUGCCACACACUGUUUUUGUUCUGUCUUCAUCUGUAUGAUCUGGAGAAAAAUUUCCUUACAUGAAGGGUUAUUCCUCUCUCUAUCAUCUUCCACCCUGUACACACCCUGAUGUAGAUAUCUCCCAAGAUUUUUAUUCAUCUCGUUGCAAGCUUGAAGUUUGAUUCCAGCUUCACCAUAAUGAAUCUGAAACCCUGCUCUUGGGGAAUUUUAAUAACUGGAGUAUUUAAAGGAGAAAUAAAUUCUGCUGAAGUAGCCAAUGAUGAGUAAUGCUGCAUAAAGUUAUCUGUACACUUAGUUUGAGUUUGUCAGCUUCCUCUCUCUUGCCAUGUUUAAUGCUUUCUGGUUGCUAAUUAGAAGCAGUCAGGGGGAACGGAUGCCCCUUCACGAACUCACCGAGAGUGACGUAAUGAGUUUCUGCUCCAAUUAUGAAUGGAAAUAGCAAGGUUGGGAGCACAACACGGGAGAGUGCUGCCCAUUUGAGGAGCAGAACUCCAUGAUAUCACACAGAAAGAUACAGGACUGGUAAAAUACACUUGUGUGCCUCUCCAAGCUGUCUCUUGGUAACGUAAAGCACUGUUAAGAAUGACAUACACUGGCAAGCUGUAUGGACUUUGCAUUUGAAAUGUGGCUGAAGGACAUUGAUGGCACUUCUCACAAUAAAAGACGUGCAGUAAUACUAAAGUAGAAUACUGCGUGUGCUUGCCACCUGGAUCAAAACAGUAAAUGCUGAAAAUACUUAGCACCACUGAACUUUUCUGAUGAAAGGUUCUCAACCCGAAGUGCUAACUCUGUCUCACCCUCCACAGAUGCUGCCUGACCUGCUGAAUAUUUCCAGCAUCUUCUGUUUUUUUAAAAAAAGAUGAGCAACACUAUUUCUGUGUUCCUCCUGUCUUUGGUCAGGUUACUUGAGUUGGGAAAGCAUGUCUUUUUGUGUUGAAGUUAAAAUGCUGUGAGUGAGAGCCCUUGGGACAGACCAGUCAGUGGCUGCAGGAUUCUAUACAUGAUGAGGGUUUUCACACACAGCCACCAAUUUGCUGUGUUAUACUGAAUGCCACACUCCCUGCAGAAUUUUUGCGGCAGUUACUGACAAUAAUGGAUAACUGCACAAUGCAGUGUUUGAGACUGAGGGAAAAGAGGGGUGGGCUGUAAUUUACUGUGGUCUUGAGGUGCCAAAAUCUCUCAGAAAUCACAAAGAACAUUUUUAACAACAGCCUGGUUUAUUUUUGGGUUGAAUUGAUUGUAAUUUUAACUUUCCUGUCUCUCUGUGAGUUAAGUCACUUGAUGCAGAAACACUAAGUAAGUGUAAUUGUUUGGUGUCCUGGGUGAGAUCGUGUCUGAGACCACUUUUUUUUGUUAGAGAGCUGUUUCAGAAAUGUUUUGUGAGAAUGUUGAAGCUUCCUGUGCUGGGCAGUGCAACCCAUGGGCAGACUCCAGGUGCUGAUUAUUUCAAGUCACCACUGGUGUCCACAUGCUUUCCCACAUGUUGCCUGUUCACUGUUAGAAAAGCUGCAUUCCCAGCUUGUAUGGACUUGAGUGCCCUGUCAGAAAGCCUGGUAUCCAACAGUGACACCAUCUUGGAUACAUUGCAGCUUUGCCAACUGAAGUAGGUGCAGCAGUGCUGUGUUAUGAAGAAGGUCGGCCCUACUUUGCUUACUGCUAUUUGAAACAGCUCCAACCUGGCCAAUCAUAACGGUGUAACCAGCUGGGCUUGCUUUGAUGGUGCUUUCUGCUUGUGGAGCCCAGUGACUACAGUGAUGUUAGGGGCUACCUCACCCUCCUGGUACAUCUGAUGGUGAAGUGCAGAAUGAAUAUAAGGGUCGAAAGAAACUGACCACAAUUGGCACAGUGAGCAGUUUCUUAGACUUGAGGAGAACUCUUGCUCAGCUCUAUUGAUUGACAGCUUUCAAGAUUUGCACUGUUUGCACUUGAAAAUUUUGAAAAAUCAUCAGAAGCCUUUGUCGGCUCAAUUUGUGCAGCAGUUAGUGUGAGAGUUAGUAGGAGGAGCUGGGUGAAAAGAAGUGCCACUCUGCAGAGUGUCAUCACUGGGAAAUCUAGGCUGGUAGACCACGCACAACAUCCCAGGUGGAUUGUAGUUGUGGGAUGAGUUUGAAAAUUACAAACCCAUUUUCAUUCAUGUUUUCCCUCUGUAAGCUGAAACAAAAGAAAAUAAGGCGGCGUUUACACAGGAAGAAAAACAGGAAUUUUGUUUGAAAUGCGAGCUCGGCAGAUUACUCUUCUGCUUUGCUGACUCCAUCAAAACAGUUGCUGCUGUUGUAAAUGUGAGCGCCUACUGCCCUGGCAUUGAGUCACAGGUGGGUUCAGGACUACAGAGGCCCUGCAAGUGAUGAGCAGCGGGGCUGUGCCAUAAAAUAUGGUGCAUCUGUGUUUUAAUGUGUAACUUGAAUACCAGGUCCAACAGUGUGUCCCUGCUGAUGCACCAUUGUUUAAUCUAGUAUUUUAGUAGUGUGAAAGGGCAGAAGUUGCAUUUUGCAACACAGUUAUUAAUGCCACAUUGAUCUUAAAUUAGCUGAAGCCCCAGUGAGGGGACACUGCAUAAUUUGCAAGGAUGGAAUAUGCAUCAUGGCUUGAGACAUGUAGAUGAGGUAAAUUUAAAAGCAACAGUGCCACCAUAUUCUAGAUUUCCUUCGGGAACCAUGCUGGAUUAGGUUGUUUGCCAGCACCAGACCUCAUAUUUGCAAUUAUUGUGCUGUUCUGACUGAUGGGACAGAGCAGUGCAACUGCCUUUGCAUAAUUUUUGUACAGUAAGUUAUACAUGAUCACCAAAGGAGCGUGUGUGCUGUGUGUGUGGAGGUGAGGGGUAAAAUUGCUGAAUCAGUGUAUCGGUUUUGGUCUGUGUAGAGCAUCUUUUACAUACGUGGCUGCAACUGUUCCCGACUCGCCUUUGGAAUAGGAUUACAGUUAUAUCCUGAGAAUGAUUAUCUAAUAUCUGUCGAAUGUUUAUUCCCUGUCUGUUCACACUGUACAUGGGGGGUGAGGGGUGGGAAUGCAUGAAAGUAUCAGCAUCUCUGUGAAGCCAAAUAGGGCGGUUUGACACAUUCCAGCUUUGUAUCAGGAGCCCUAAUUUGAGACACACCAUGUUCUGUGUUCGAAGGUCACCCCAGUGCAUUUGGUGCUGCUGUGCUGAACUUGAAGCUGUUGGCACAGAGCAGCCGGAGCUUUACCCUGUAUUUGCUUGUGCUGUAACACACCUGUGAGCACUUGAAACUGGGUGCCAGGAAUGGAGUGUGCGUCAUUGAUAUGAGAUAAGCCUCCGUGACCAGCCAGCGUGAGAUCAUCUCUCUCAAUUCUUUAUUCAAUCUGGGCCGGGAGCUCAAAACAGCCACUGGACUGAACUGCAGAUUGGGCAAAUCACCUGACUGAUUUCUCUGCAGUGGGGUUUGCUGCACAGUGCGUUCACAGGAUAAGAUCUAUAAAUUAUGUGGUGAAUCCGGUGAUAUUUUGUAUGAGCAGUGCAGUAAUUUUACCAAUGCCUCUUACUGGGCUGUCAGUCGUCCCAUUGCUUUCGUGCGGGAGGUGAAACUUGAAGUGAAGACGACUUGGAACUACAGUCUGUCUUCAUAUGGGUCGUCCAUGCACAAAAAUCUCCCAUACUUUUUUAGUUUGAAGCGUUCAUUAUGCUCAAUUUAUAAAUGGUGAAGGACCUUCCUGUAGUUGUGAGACAGGGUCAAUAGAAUCUUCUUCCAAAAAAAACAUAUCAAACUAUCAGCAAUGUAGUUGACGUUGGUCAUGACUGCACUGGUAUUGGCCAAAGAAGUCAGACCUGUCCCUAUUUUAAAAAUCUCAACAUGGAGAAGAGAGGACCCCUUUAGACCCCUGCUUUGUGUAGCUGCUAUUUAAGAAGCUUGUUUGAACUGUGAACGGAAUGAUUGAUACAAUCCUCCUGGUUUUGCAUCAGUCCGAUGGCUCGUUUUCUUUUGUGAGAACGUCUGACGUAAAGGACUGGCUCAUGGCAAUUAGAGGUCUUUAAAUGUGCUUCUUGAACUACCCAAGUUUGUAUGAUUUUCAAUAAAAAAAAUAGCUCUUC